AUGGCAACCCUAAUGGAAUACACCCAGAUCGAAUUGCUCACACUGAGCGGCCCUGAAUACCGCCGAGUAUCUACUGCUCCCCCGCGACCCCCGACCGAAGAUGAAAUCCCGAUCAUAGAUCUUUCCUCGAUUGAUGGCGAUAUAGAAGACCGAAAGGCCAUCGCAUCCAAGAUAAAAUUAGCGGCCGAAAACACAGGCUUCUUCUAUAUCAAAAACCAUGGAAUUGCAGAAGAGCUUAUCCAGAAUGCUCUAUCGCAAGCCAAAACUUUCUUCAAUCAGCCAGACGAGAAGAAAGAGCUGGUUUCAAGUAAGAAAUCGAAACUCUCAGAUGGCUGGCAUGGACUUGGGACAACUCAAGUAAAUAAAACUGAAACACGAGAUCGCAAAGAGACAUUCUCCGUGCGCUACAACCCCAAAAACGACCCGACAAUCUCCGACCCAGAGUCGCUGCUCACAGACGAACGAUACGCAUACGGCGGCGACGAUCUGAAAUGGGAGGGAACAAGCCACCUCCCGGGAUUCCGCGAAACAACAAUCGAAUUCUACCAGCGCCGCCUCGCCCUCGCACGCAAGAUGGUGCGCAUCUUCGCGCUCGCAUUGGACAUGCCAGAGGACUACUUUGACGGAGUGACGACCCAUCCCGGCGCAGACGGUCUCUACGUGCAUUAUCCCGGCACAGAAGAUGCGCUCGAAGACGAUCAAACCGAUGUCGAUGUCGGCAUAGGCUCGCAUACCGAUAUCCAGUGCCUAACUCUCCUGUGGCAAGAUAUGUCGGGAGGGUUGCAGGUCCUUUCUGCUAGCGAUGAGUGGCUCGAUGCUCGACCUAUUGCCGGCACGCUUGUCGUUAAUAUCGGGGAUUUCUUGCAGCGUCUUUCGAAUAACCGGUUUAAGUCCACUGUGCAUCGGGUUUAUAAUCGUCAGUCUACCUCUAGGUAUUCUAUGCCCUUUUUCUUGGGCUUCAAUCCCGAUUCAGUUUGUCAGGUUGUGCCUUCUUGUGUUGAUGAGGCCCAUCCUGCUCUUUAUGAGCCUAUCUCCUGUGGAAAGUGGCACCGCAAUCGGCUCGAGCUGUCAUCGGGCAGGCCCAUCAGUGCAUAA